AAGCUCCCUUAAAGGUACAGGAGGACACAGCAUUGACGGCGGCACCGGCCGGGGCAGUGUUGGCGGGGGCAGAGAUGGCGCAGCGGGGCCUGGCGGCCGAGUUCUGGCAAGUGCCGGCGGUGACGCGGGCCUACACGGCGGCUUGUGUGCUCACCACCGCGGCCGUGCAGCUGGAGCUCAUCACCCCCUUCCAACUCUACUUCAACCCCGACCUCAUCUUCAGGAAGUUCCAGGUGUGGAGGCUCGUCACCAACUUCCUCUUCUUCGGGCCCCUGGGAUUCAGCUUUUUCUUCAACAUGCUUUUCCUGUACAGGUACUGCCGCAUGCUGGAAGAGGGGUCUUUCCGGGGACGGACAGCAGAUUUUGUCUUCAUGUUUCUCUUCGGGGGAGUCCUCAUGACUCUCUUUGGCCUCCUGGCCAGCCUCUUCUUCCUGGGCCAGGCCUUCACCAUCAUGCUAGUGUACGUGUGGAGCCGGCGCAACCCCUAUCUCCGCAUGAAUUUCUUUGGCCUCCUUAACUUCCAGGCACCCUUCUUACCAUGGGUGCUCAUGGCCUUCUCUCUGCUCCUAGGCAACUCCAUCUUGGUAGACCUGCUGGGGAUUGCUGUGGGUCAUAUCUAUUACUUCCUUGAAGAUGUCUUCCCCAACCAGCCUGGGGGCAAGAAGUUACUGCUCACCCCCAGCUUCCUGAAACUAAUCUUUGAUGCCCCUGAAGAAGACCCAAAUUACAGACCUCUCCCUGAGGAGCAGCUGGGCAUGGACCGCCAGUAGUGACCAUCUCAUUCUUUCAGCCUGGACAAAGUGGGCCUACAGCUCCAGCCAAGAGGCCUGCCCCUCCUCCCCUUUCUAUCGCACCCCGAAUCGGGGACCCUGAGGGCUGUGGCUCAGCAUAUGCUCUCUGGAAGCCCACAAGUGUGGCCCUGGUCCCUCCUCCCCACUGCGGGAUAUGAGCGAUGGGACAGGGCCAAAGGAUGAAUAAAGACGCUGCAGUCUC